UGCAGUCAAGCACAGAGCACACAGAAAUGUGACAGACAAAGUAGGAAGAUAUAAAGAGAGUAAAAGUCAAACGCAGUAGAAGAAAAGUGUGCCUGAUUCAUGGAUUUCUAAAGAUUUUGAUAACUUAAAAACACUUUUUAACACAGUUGUGGCACCUCAGGCAUGUCCCGACAGGUGGUUCAGGUCCAACCACAAAGCACGCAUCAGGAUGCAGGGCAGUGGAGCACUGGCCUGUGUGAAUGCUAUAAAGACAUGGGAGACUGCUGCUUUGCCAUGUGCUGCCUCCCAGUGUUUACCUGUAAGGUGACCAGUGCAGUGGGGGCAUGUCCCUGCCUGCCCCUGCUGGACUGUAUCGGCUGUGUACCUCCGGCUUCUUUGGCCAUGAGGGCUUCUGUCAGAGAACGAUACGGCAUAAAGGGGAGUGUGUGGAGCGACUGCCUGUACGGAUGCUGCUGCUAUCCUCUAUCUUGGCUCCAGAUCUCCAGAGAGUUGAAGAGAAGAGCAGCAUCCCACGCUUCCUCCUCCUCCUCCUCCUCAGCCAGAUACAGCGCCCUGACCUCCCUGCAGGGGGCGCACUUGGUCUAGACACGUCCAACAUUUUCUUUCCUCUGGCCUCUGCUGCCGCCUGUCCCUGCAGGGUACAGGAGUUGAUUUAAUCACACUUCCUCCGGUCUGCAGCCACUCCUUUUUACCUCAGAGAUUUCAGCGGGGACACAAUGUGUCCCACAGAAAGAAAAGUUAAGUCUGCACUAAAGUGACUCAUGUGUUGGAGCAGAGGGAAUUUGGCAUGCAAUUUAGAGUAACUGCAUAUUUCUUUUGGGAGGAUGGAUGAUAAAAAAGUACCACAGAUGAUGCCUUUAGUAAGUCUAUACAUUAACAUAGACAUAAAAUACAAAGACAAUAAAACCUGCAUUUCAAAUUGUAAGUUUGACCUUGAAAGAGAACUUCUCAUGCCACUUUCUCAAAUUGACAGUGUAGACUGUUCCUGAAACCAUGGAAACCAAAUGUCACAUUCAUCUCAAAGUCUGAGUUAGUUCACCUUUCUUAUUUUGUGAGAACUAAUCAAUUAAUGUGGACAAAAAUGUGUCAAUACCAAACGCUGCUACUGCUUAAGUAAAAACUAUUUGAUGAAAUAUAUUGCUGAAGUUGUUGUUAUCGAAGAAAAAUAUUUUUAAAAAACUCACAUGCAGUUGUAAUUAAGCUGAAAUUAUACAUUUGGUCCACAGGAGGUUUUAUUCACAUUCUUCAAAGACCUAAUUGUGUAACUGAACUGCUGAUACUGCAUUAUGAAAAUGCAUAAAAUGUUAUCUCCUUUUUUCACUUCAAGUCAUUUGUGACUUUGCAUUUAUUUUAUUAUGAGCACAUUGUCAUGGCAGAGAGAGAAGGAAUCAUAAUGGAUUGAAGCAACACAGACACUCACAGUCACAUUCAGUGGCCUAAUCAGAGUUUGCUUUAUUAAUCAUAGCUAUAGCUUAGUAACUGAUUUGACUUUAGUUUUAUAAGGAAAUAAUAAACCACAAGCCAUUUUGGCUGAUUUCAUGUACCCUCAAAUAGUUUACAGCCUGCUAGCAGCUCUGUGACUCUGUAUAACCGUUAACUUUUGUUUUGAAGGUAUCAUGUUAACCUUCUUAGUUACAUGUUAACAUUAACAUUUGCUAAUUUACUGAUUUAUUAAGCAAUUUGUGGGCAUCAUGAAGUUUUUGGUAAUUCACCCAAUACUGUAGUAGUUUAGACAUAAAACCAAAAAGGCCAAGCUCAUGGUGGUGCUAAAGGAAUAGUCAGGAGAUCACAAAAAUCAUUCUGUUGGGACCAUAAAUGUUUAUAAAAAACAUGUGGCAGUCUUUCUAAUAGAUGUUGAGAUAUUUCUGUCUGGACCAACCAAAUAACAAACUGACUGUACUGACUAUCUCCUCAGCUAUCUUCAAGUUUGGUUUGGCUUUUUGAAUGGGCCCUAGUUCAGGCAGGCAGUCAGAAUUAGUCACACUCCAAUCUGGUAUGUCCACUACCUGUUUCUCUCAAUAGUCUAUAAGAACGUUUUCUUCUCGUUUAGUCUGCAUACAACCUCAGCUUCCUCCUGUAUAGCAUUCAUUUGUCUCUGAAUUUUGAGUGUUUCCUUUGAAUAUGUCAUGUCCAAUAAAUGUUGUUUGUCUAAGGCUCAUGGGGGAUGGGUUGGGGGUCAUGAGGUCAGGGACAGUCUGAGCCAAGUUUGUUCAGAUUUGUUCCCAGGCAUCACAUGA